AAUGGUAUUGCGUUUCAACAAUCGGAUAAGAUCAUAUCAUUUUCAAUUCAAGGUCAGACAGUGAAAUCAGCCCAUUUCAUGCUUUACCAUUCCAUUCCAUUCCAUUAUAUAUCAACUCUCCUAUCUUCCUUCCCCUGUUUCACAUUCACAUCCAGACACCUAACCUUUCUUUUAUUUUCAAUUCCAUUUCUUUUCAAAUACCGACCAAUAAUAAAACUAAAUUUCCUUUCUUUCAUUUUUUCUUUUUUUGUUAAAGGAGAGAAAAGUUUAUUUGGGGGGUCAUGGUAGUAUAUUAUUUUCUGACCACAAAUUCUGGGCUAAGUGGGGAUCUGAAUAUCCCUGACCUUGAGCCUUCGAAAGCGAUAACCCAAGUCACACUACCUCUAAACAUUGGAUUUGUCAUUUGAUUAAGAGGUUGAGAUUGUGGAUGGAAGAAUUCCUUGAUUUUCCUGUCAAUCUCGAUUCAACGGAGUUAGGACGGAUACGAUACGUGAGAUUCGUACGUUGGAUUAAGCUUUAUACCGCGUUUUGGCUGGUUUUGUAUGCCAAUUUGAGUUUGAUUCGAGAAGUUGCUUUGAUGACACCUUCGUUUUAAUCAACAUUGAGGGGUUUCAGUGAACAUUGAGCUCCUUCAACGAUGAAUGGUCAUUGUGAUUCACAAAAUAAUGGCGAAGUGGAUGACCAUGGCCUCCAGGUUACUAGAUACUCUGCUUAUCAGCCCUGUAAUAAUUUAUCACCUCCUUGGUUUGAAUUGAGAGUGUUCUAUGUGAGGGUUAGUAAUUUUAAGGUUGACGAUUCGUGCCCGGAGUUUCUAACUCUUAACCAUAUUCCUCUGAGUCCUGAUUCCCUUUUGGAAGUUAAUGGCACUAAAACUAGCAUUUACUCUGAUGGAUUGUCAUCCCUUCUUAGAAGGGAUCGGGCGGAUAGGAAAUCAGAAGAAGCCACAUUUGUGAGCACAGACAAUAUAAGGUUAACAGGGAGUUUGAAAUUCGAGGUGUUUGAUGAAGAAGAUCUCAUUCUCUCUGGUGUUCUUGAGAUGUCUAAUAGUAAUGGUUUCACUGGGGAAUCAAAACACAGUGCCAAGCGUUGGAGCAUGAAUUGUGAUUCGGAUAUUACUGCUGCUGCUGGUUUCUUGAAGGGAAAACAUCUUGGUGGCUCUGAUUUGCCCGCGCCCACAAUUGAGGUCUAUGUUGCAGGCUGCUUCUCCGGAACCCCAAUUAUCUUAACCAAGACUUUGCAGCUUUGUUUUCGUAAGAAACAAACUAGGAAAGGCAUGUUGGAUGCAAUUCCGGAGAAUGAAGCGACUGAAUCCCAGAAAGAUGAAGCUCCCGGCCUUGAUCUGCAGUUAGCAGCGUAUCGAAACUACAAACCAGAAAAUGAGGAGGAAUACAAUGAUAGGUAUUGGAGAAGAACAGAAUAUAUGGAUGGUGAAGAUGGUGAGCUCUCGUUUUUUAACGCGGGAGUUAGAGUCGGGGUUGGAAUUGGACUCGGCAUAUGUCUUGGCGUUGGUAUAGGAGUUGGUUUGUUGGUCCGUACUUACCAAUCAACAACUCGUAACUUUAAAAGGAGGCUUCUGUGAUUCCUUUUGUUUAGAAAAGUGCAGGAAACUGUAGUCUCCCAAAAUCCAAAGUGCAGCUAACUUGGUCUUUUUACUUUGACAUCAAAAGGUGCAGAUUUUGACUGUGUGUAGCUGACUGUUGAAAUUUUGUUUGUCAAUUGUCAUGUCUUUUGUUACCUUUGUAAUGAGAAAUGCUUGUUUAGAGAAGGGUGUGACAGAUUUGAUUCCUAUACAGUGGAAAUAAUUACCAGUCAUGUGGUUCUCCAGGUUAUAACUAAUCUAAAGCUUGUAUAAGUUGUACUGUCAUGUAAAUAAAACUCUUUUUUGGUGA